AUGUCUUUUUUCAAUUUUAAAGGUUUUGGAAGAAAUGGCAAGAAAAAUAAGAAUCAACCUACAAAUUUAGGGGCACCACCAGCUGCAGCUGGUGGUUCGUUAUACUCUAGUCCUAAUAGCAGUACUUCUAAGCAUUCGUUGCGUAGAACUAACUCUCCUACAAGAUCUCAGCAUCAUCAACAGCAACAACAGCAACCGCAACAACUAGGUGGCCCUCAGCAACAACUCCAAUUGAAACAACAGCAACAUAAUAAUGUUCAAAUUCAACAAAAUCAGCAUCAAUUACAAUCUCAGCAGUACCAUGAUCAGAAUGCUGCUCCCCAGCAAAAUCAUAUAAAUGCUCAACCUAUGAAUGAAGAAAUAGAGACUCAAAAAGUAAUGUUUUUAAGUGACCCUUUUGUGAGGACAGCUUUGGUUAAGGGUUCUUUCAAGACGAUCGUACAGUUACCAAAAUAUGUCGACGCUGGAGAAUGGAUAGCUUUAAACGUCUUUGAAUUUUUUACAAAUUUAAAUCAAUUUUAUGGUGUAAUUGCAGAAUACGUCACCCCAGAUGCCUAUCCAACUAUGAAUGCUGGUCCUCAUACUGACUAUCUAUGGUUAGAUGCGAAUAAUAGGCAAGUUUCUCUACCUGCAAGUCAAUAUAUUGAUUUGGCAUUAACUUGGAUAAAUAAUAAAGUUAACGAUAAAAAUUUAUUCCCAACCAGUAGUGGAACCCCAUUCCCUCAAGCUUUCCAAAGGGAUGUGCAGAGAAUUAUGAUUCAAAUGUUUAGAAUAUUUGCCCAUAUGUAUCACCAUCACUUCGAUAAGAUAAUACAUUUAUCCUUGGAGGCUCAUUGGAAUUCAUUCUUUGCCCAUUUCAUAAGUUUUGCAAAGGAAUUUAGUAUAAUAGAUAGAAAGGAAAUGUAUCCAUUACUUCCUUUAAUUGAAAAUUUCGAGUCUCAAGGCAAAAUUAUAUAA